AUGCCUCCUAAACUAGAUCCAUCACAGGUCGUUGAAGUCUAUGUCCGAGUAACCGGAGGCGAAGUCGGCGCCGCCAGUUCUCUGGCCCCAAAGAUCGGUCCUCUCGGUCUCUCCCCAAAGAAGAUCGGUGAAGACAUCGCCAAGGAAACCGCGAAGGACUGGAAGGGACUCCGCGUGACAGUGAAACUGACUGUCCAGAAUCGGCAAGCAAAGGUGGCGGUUGUUCCGUCUGCGGCGGCGUUGGUUAUCAAGGCGUUGAAGGAGCCGGAGAGAGACAGGAAGAAAACUAAGAAUAUCAAACAUAAUGGAAAUAUUUCGCUUGAUGAUGUUAUUGAGAUUGCCAAGGUGAUGAAACCGAGAUCCAUGGCGAAGGAACUAGGUGGUACUGUGAAGGAGAUUCUGGGAACUUGUGUUUCUGUUGGGUGCACUGUUGAUGGGAAAGAUCCGAAGGAUUUGCAACAAGAGAUUAACGAUGGUGAUGUUGAGAUUCCUCUGGAAUGA